CUUUGAUCUGUUAGUGUAUUCUACGCCGCUCUGGUUAGCGGUUGUGGUCGGAUUGUUGGCGGGUUGGGCGUGGAAGCCGAAUUGGGCUAACUUGGAUGGUGCUGUAAAUUGGGUUUCCUCGAUAAUGCCGUCGUCUUCGUUUCCGUCUUUUUCUGGGAUUAGCUUCCCAGUGGAGUUUGGUUCAGUUCAGAAUUUGACGAACUUUCAAUUGCCGAGCUUAAUUACUUGGAGUGAUGAGAAUGAAACUCCGGAAGUCACCCCUGUACAGAGAGCAUUGCAACCAAGUGUAGCAAAACCUUACAUAUUAACUGAGAAAGACCUUCUUGAAUUACACCAAUUGCUUGAAGAAGAGAUUGAUGGACCUUGUUGGGUUAAGGUGUUGGAACGGUCUGAUACCAACAUAAGGUUCAAAGGUCAUCGUAGAAACUCUAAGAAGGGCCACUUGAUGUAUAGAACCAUAACUAUACACGAGGAUAUUACAACCGAAAUCCUCAGGGAUUUCUAUUGGGAUGAUGAGUUCAGAUCCAACUGGGAUGCAAUGCAUUUCAAAUCCGAUCUCUUGGAGGAGUGUAAAGAGACUGGAGCUAUGCUAGUUCACUGGAUUCGCAAAUUUCCCGUUGUCGCUUGUUAUAGAGAUUACACAAUCGCUCGUCGGAUUUGGCAGUUAGGCGAUUCUUAUUAUUGCAUAUGCAAGGGUGUGCCUUGUACUUAUAUCACCAGAAGAGAAAAUGCAAAAAAAGUUGAUGAAUUUUGGUCAAGUUGGCGCAUUCAACCUGCUAAAUCAGAAAGAGAUGGGCAGAUGAGUGCAAGUGAGAUCACACUCUUCCAUUACGAGGAUAUGGGAAUGCCUAGGGGGAUCGCAAAGUUUGGAGUUGAGAAUGGCAUGUGGGGAACCGUCAAGAGGAUUGACCCUGGGCUGCGAGCUUAUCUCAAGUACCGAGCAUCUGAUCCCCCACUUUCCCGAUAUGUUCUGUUGGCUCAUAUAAACACUAAGCUUACCAGUCUUCCUAGCACUCUGCUUCAAUUACUUGAGAAGCAAGAUGGUUCCACUAGUAGUUCUUCAUCUGAAGUGGAAACUAAUAAAUGUUCCUCCCACAAUAAACCAGCUGCUGCUGCUGCAUCACCAGAUGUUAUGAUUUCAAAGUUGGUCGUCUGUGUUGGAGCUUUAGCCCUUGCUUGUAGCUUCGAUCGGGGAUUCUUGAUGAAGGCACUCAUAUUUGGGAUUCCGAGAAGGCUUGUGCGUCGGAGUCGAAGGGUUGCAUGUUGAUCGAUUAGAUGUAGCUGAAUGUUUGCAUUUCCAUGCAGAAUUGAAGGGUCGCCUUUUAUAGAACCUAAAUUAAUAAAAAUGUAUCCGGCCAGUGCACAUUGUACGCUUUAAAUAAUAGUAUGUUUCCUCAUUCCAGUUCCUGACUGAAAAGCUUAUGCACUGGCUUCUUAUUAUCUUAUACUCCUACAUACAUUUCCCCUUGGUAAAAGAUCAAACUUACAUAACAUUUGGUCAUCUUCUCAAUUAACUAUAAUUAGGUAAACGGUUUCAUCAUAAGCAGCAUAAUAAGAAAUCUCCCUAGGAG